AUGACUAUCCCAUUUGGCUAUCAAUUUAAACAGAAAUACUUCACUCUCUUGGAUCCAGAGGUCACACUGGUCAAUCAUGGCUCCUACGGAACGACGCCAGCCUGUGUCAUUGAGCGUCAGAAGGAGCUAUGCGAAGCCCACGAAAAGUACCCAGAUCGGUUCCAAGCUUACGAAGUAGAGGGCGAGUAUCGCAAGCAGGUCGAGUUGCUUGGAAAAUAUUUGAAUGUUGACUACCAUAAUCUUGCUCUGGUAACAAACGCUACCACCGGUGUCAAUCUGGUCCUGAGGUCUAUUCCAUGGAACUUUUCCAAAGAUAAGGUUCUCUUCCACUCGACAACUUACGGAGCAUGUGGCAACACUGUCAAGUUUUUAAACAAAUACUUUAACUUGCAGUACGAUGUAGUUGAUUUGGAAUAUCCGAUGGAGGACGCGGAGGUUUUGCGGAGGUUCGAAGAAAAGCUUGCAACAGGUAACUACAAAUUGUGCCUUUUCGAUAUGAUCACAUCCAUGCCAGGUGUCAAGCUUCCAUACGAGGAAAUCAUCUCCUUGUGCAAAAUGUAUGAUACUUGGUCGCUUCUCGAUGGUGCUCACGCUGCUGGACAAGUGGACUUGGACUUCAUCGACCGCUUGCAACCCGAUUUUUUGACCACCAAUCUUCACAAAUGGUUAAGUGUUCCCAAAGCAUGUGGUAUGCUUUAUGUCAACCCUAAGCACCAGGGAAUGGUCCAGAGUAUGCCGGUUUCUUGGAAUUUUGGCGCUGAUGUUAGCGUGCCCAUCGAAAAUCCGUCAUCUCCCCAGGAGGAGGCUCACAACCGCGACAUUAUGCUCAACAAGUUUUGGUUCAUUGGAACAGCAUCCUACUGCCAGUACUUAUGUAUCGAAGAAGCGCUCCGGUUCCGUUCCGAAGAUUGUGGAGGAGAAGAAAAUAUUCGUAGAUACCAGUAUACUCUGCAGAAGAGUGCAAUUAAAACCAUCCAGAAGGUUUUCGGCCCAGGGGCAGAACUCUUGCAAAACUCUACGGGUACUUUGAAUCCACCAGGUUUGUUCAACGUAAGCUUACCAAUUGAGCCUAAAUAUCAAGAAAUUCUCAAUAGGAUGGCUAAUGAUUUUCAUUACUUUAGGAGGGUUAAGUUUGCGUGUGAUAAGAAGACUAUUGGUGUCAAUAAGGCGUAUGCACCUUUCCAAAUUCAUAACGGAAAAUUGUGGGUCAGAUUCAGUGUCCAAAUCUUCAAUGAGGUUCAAGAUUAUGAAAUUGGUGCUAAAAGUGUAAAAAGCGUCGUUGAGGAUGUUUUUGAAAAGGAGCUAAGAUGUCAAUGCAAACUCUAA